AUGGCUUCUUCGUUGGUUGGUCCACCCGAGAUAACAGAAUCCUGUGCUCCCCUCACAAAACCCAACACACAACCCAUCACAAAACCCAUCACAGCUUCUGGUCCCAGCAAUCAAGCUAUAGUGAACGCAAUGGUUUCAAACGUCAACACUCCACCGCCGACGGGACACACCGAGGAUAGACCCACCACGUACCUCACCGCUCUCCUCAAAAACAUCAACACUUGUCGUCCCAGCGUCGCAAAGGUCUCAAACGUCAGGAACUCAACUAAAGCCAACGUCGUCAAAUCUGUUAGACCUGUUAGACCUGUUAGACCUGUUAGACCUGUUAGACCUGUUAGACAUGUUAGACCUGUUAAACCUGUUAAACCACGAAAAGUAAAAAAAAAAUCACCUCAGAUGGGCUUUACUGAGAAUGGAUCCGCCACGUACCUCUCCUCAGGCAACCCCUGCCUCGACUUCUUCUUCCACGUUGUUCCCUCCAUGCCUAAGGCUUCUCUGGAGAAGCGCCUACAGGAGGCCUGGGGUCACGACCCCUUAACCACUCUCAAGCUUAUCUGUAACCUUCGUGGAGUCCGUGGCACUGGAAAAUCUGACAAGGAAGGGUUUUACACGGCGGCGUUGUGGCUCCAUAGUCGCCAUCCCAAAACCCUAGCUUGUAACCUCGAGUCCAUCUCCAAAUUUGGAUAUUUUAAAGAUUUCCCGGAGAUUCUUUACCGGCUUCUACAAGGAUCUGAAAUCCGCAAUAUCCAGAAUUGGGAAUGGAUCGAUACGAUAGAAGCAGCAGCCGGACGUAGAAGAGCUCGAUUUUCUAGUCGUGGUUUUGGUCGUGGUCUCGGAAGGGGUCGCGGAAGGGGUCGCCGUGGUUUUGCAUUCAGGCCGUUAGCAACGAGGCAGCAGAGGGUAGAGAACGCAGAGAGGAAGAAUCAAGAGGAGAAAGCCAAAGCACGCUUGGCGCGCAAGCAAAAGAAGGUUUCAAUGGGGAAGAAGGCAUUUACAAGAUAUACUAACGAUCCCGACUAUAGGUUUCUUCAUGAACGUGUGUCUGAUCUAUUCGCAAAUCAACUAAGGAGAGACCUAAAUUUUUUGACAUCCGGCCAACCAAACAAAAUUUCUCUAGCGGCUAAAUGGUGUCCAUCGCUUGAUUCUUCGUUCGACAAAGCAACUCUUCUCUGCGAGAGUAUUGCUAGGAAGGUGUUUCCCCGAGAAUCAUUCCCGGAAUACGAAGGCGUGGAAGAAGCUCACUAUGCGUACAGAGUUCGUGAUCGACUACGGAAACAAGUUCUUGUUCCCCUCCGGAAGACCCUUCAACUCCCUGAAGUAUACAUGGCAGCGAAAGAUUGGGCAUCUCUCCCUUACAACCGUGUUGCAUCAGUGGCGAUGAAGUCGUACAAGGAGAUUUUCUUGAAACACGACGCAGAGAGGUUUCAGCAAUAUCUUAAAGAUGCGCGAACGGGGAAAACCAAGGUAGCCGCCGGUGCUGUGUUACCUCACGAGAUAAUAAGAGAAUUAGACGGCGGAGACGGUGGACAAGUCGCUGAGUUGCAAUGGAAACGAAUGGUUGAUGACCUUAAAACGAAAGGUUCUUUGUCCAACUGCAUGGCUAUUUGUGACGUUUCGGGAUCUAUGAGUGGUGAUCCAAUUGAGGUUUCAGUCGCGCUUGGUUUGCUCAUCUCUGAGCUAUCAGAAGAGCCAUGGAGAGGAAAGCUUAUAACAUUCAGCGAAAACCCUGAACUGCAUCUGGUGACAGGAGACGAUUUGAGAUCAAAAACAGAGUUUGUGAGAAACAUGCAAUGGGAUAUGAACACUGAUUUUCAGAAAGUGUUUGAUUUGAUUCUUGAAGUGGCUGUGCAAGGGAAGCUGAAGCCGGAAGAGAUGAUCAAGAGGGUGUUUGUGUUCAGUGAUAUGGAGUUUGAUCAAGCGUCGACUUCUACUUCGCCAUACAAUAGAUGGGGAUGGUCACCUCCGACUCCGAGUGAUGGAUGGGAAACAGAUUAUGAGGUAAUUGUGAGCAAGUACAGAGAGAAAGGGUACGGAGAUGCUGCGCCGGAGAUUGUGUUUUGGAACCUGAGGCAUUCGAGUUCAACGCCGGUGCUUGGAAACAAGAAAGGAGUGGCUUUAGUAAGUGGCUUCUCCAAGAAUUUGAUCAAAGUGUUUUUGGAACAUGAUGGAGAGAUUGACCCUAUGAUGAUCAUCGAGGCUGUAAUAGAUAGAAAAGAGUAUAAGUCGCUUGUUGUGGUUGAUUGAU